AUGUGGGGAUUUCGCUCAUCAACAUUAGCAAACAUUUUUCUCCUACUCUUAGUUGCCAUGAGCUUUUCAGUAAACCAUGUUUCAGCUGUAAAACAAUUUCAAAAUAAGAUCGAUCGACUUGCUCUGCUUGAAUUCAAGAAGCAAAUAUAUGAUCACUCAUUUGGAGUGCUGAAUUCCUGGAACCAUUCACAACACCAUUGCCAGUGGGAAGGAGUCACCUGCAGUACUCGACAUCAGAGGGUCAUAGCCUUGAUUCUAAGGUAUAAGCAGUUGUCUGGAACCCUAUCUCCUCAUGUCGAAAAUCUAAGCUUCAUGAGGUUCAUCCAACUUGCGGAGAAUCAAUUCCAUGGUGAGAUUCCCCAAGAAUUCAGUCGCCUCAAAAGGCUAAGAGUCUUGAACCUGUCAAGUAAUGCACUCGGUGGAAAAAUCCCAGAAAAUCUGAGCUACUGUGCAGAGAUGAUAACUAUUGACCUAACCAGUAACAAGCUAGAAAGGAAGAUUCCAAUUGAUCAGCUAAGCAAUUUGAAGAGGCUUGAAAAUUUUUAUCUUCGCACAAACAAGUUGACAGGAGAGAUUCCCUCUUCCACUGGGAACUUAUCAUCAUUGAUCCGAAUCAGUCUCGACUUCAACAAUCUAGAGGGAAAUUUGCCCAUGGAGAUGGGGCUCUUGAAAAGGUUAUCUAUAUUUUCAGCAUCAGAAAAUAAACUAUCUGGUAUAAUCCCUGCCUCCAUCUUUAAUAGUUUAGCCAUUACUGUCAUUUCAGUGGCCGACAAUUUCUUUCAUGGCAAUCUCCCAACCAACAUAGGUCUCACCCUACCAAAUCUACAAGUGUUGUAUGUUGGGGGGAACAACUUGUAUGCAAACUUUCCAACUUCAAUCACUAAUGCUUCUGGGCUUGAGAUACUUGAUCUUCCCUAUAAUAAGUUCGCAGGCCAAAUUCCAACUAAUUUAGAAGAUCUGAUACAACUCAAAAGAGCUAAUCUUAAUCACAAUCUCUUCGGCAAUAAUUCUAUAGGAGAUUUGGAUUUUAUUGCAUCACUGACCAACUGCAGUAAUCUAAGAAUUCUUUCCUUGAGUGCCAAUACAUUUGGAGGUAAUGGACCUAAAAUCAUGGCCAAUUUCUCAAAUCAACUCACUGAAUUGUUCGUGGGAGGAAACCAACUGUCAGGAACCAUUCCACAAGGAUUUGGAAACUUUGUCAACCUAAUUCAACUUGGCCUUGAAUUGAACUCUUUUUCAGGGAUUAUUCCAAGAGAUUUUGGCAAGUUACCAAAUUUGCAAGGAUUGUGUCUGGACCAUAAUGACUUGUCAGGACAGAUAGUCUUUGCCCUAUGCAACAACACCAAUCUAUACUAUCUGGACUUAUCAUUUAACCAGUUUGAAGGGGGCAAUAUAUUUGACAAUGUUCUUAUGAACUGUGAAAAUUCGUUUAGUGGUUCUCUGCCUGCUGAAGUUGGAAAGCUUAUACAUUUGGUGGAUUUCAAUGUUUCCCACAAUCAAUUUGCUGGAGAUAUACCCAUCUCACUUGCUAAUUGUUCACAUCUGGAGAAUCUUUUUAUGCAGGCCAAUUUUUUCAAAGGAACAUUUCCACCAAAUUUGGCUUCUUGGAAGAGCAUCCAGCAAGUAGACCUUUCAAGUAAUAAUUUGAUUGGACAAAUACCAAAAGAACUUGAGAUGCUUCAAUAUUUGAGGUACUUAAACCUUUCCUACAACAACAUCGAAGGCGAGAUACCAAACAUAGGAAUUUUCAGCAAUGCAAGUCAAAUAUCAUUGAUUGGCAACAACAAACUCUGUGGAGGCAUUCCAGAAUUGGAGCUCCCACCUUGCCCAGUGAUUAAGGGGAAAAACAAAGGAAAGCUGAAGGAUGUCAUAUUGAUGUCCAUUGUUUUACCGAUUACAGAUUUUAUGGCAACAAUGACGAUAACAAAGACGAUUGUCGAGAAAUUCGACAAGAAUGUCAACUUCGAAAUGUGGCAACUCAAGAUGGAGGCCAUUCUUGUUCAAGAUGGAGUUGACUUGGCAAUUCAAGAAAUUGAGAAAAAUUCAGAAGAUGUAAAGGAUGCGGAUUUCGCCGAUAUAGAUAAGAAGGCUAGAUCCAGUAAAAUAUUAAAUCUCUCCGAUGAGAAAGUAGUCGAGAAUCGGCUAUAUUUGAAGCAGAAUUUGUACAUGCUUCGGAUGUCUGAAGGUGGAGUUGUCUUAAUAGAUAACAACGCCGCUUGUAAAGUUGUUGGCAAAUGCACAAUCCGGAUUAAAAUGUAUUCAGAUGGAAAUGGAGUUCUUAAAAUCACUCGAAGAGUUCUUGUUGUUAUGAAGGUACACAGAUAUGGUACUUUGCAUAUUUUGCAGGGAUCUACUGUUACAGGUGCUGCUACUGUUUUAAUAUCAUCUUUGUCAGAUACAGACAUCACUAAAUUAUGGCACAUGCGUUUGAGGCACAUGAGCGAAAAAGGCUUAGGCAUACUGAGCAAAAGAGGACUUCUUUGUGGACAAAGUACCGGGCCAUUGGAAUUUUGUAAACAUUGUAUUUUUGGGAAGCAGAAAAGAAUCAGUUUCAGUUCACCAGCAAUUCACAAGACAAAAGGUACUCUUGAUUACAUUCAUUCAGAUCUAUGGGGUCCUUCCCAUACUCCUUCUAAAGGUGGUGCCAGAAGAAACUGA